AUGAACAAGAAAGAUAAGAAAAUCUAGGAGAAGAAAGAAAAGGAAGCCAAGAGACAGUAACUGUUGGCUGCAUUGGCUAAAUCCUAAUUGACACAAGAAUAGAUGAAUCAACUCAACAGUAUAAAGGAUGCCACAAGUAGCAAAAGAGACCGUAAGCAUUCUGUGGGAAAUCACAUGGAGGAAGAAGUCAUUAAUGAAAAUAAGGAAGAAGCUCAAUAGGAUAGCAAUAGCAAAUAACAAGUGAAUAUAUUUCAGACCACUGUAUAUGAGAAUGAGAAUCCAAUCCAGAUUCAACAACAUGAGUCUCAUUAAAAAAUGUCUGAGGCAGAACGCUUAGAAAUCAUGGCCAAAUAACUGUUCCCAGACAUUAGUUUAGAGUCAUUUGAUUAAAAAAGAAUCCCAAAAGGAUAGGUUUAAGCAUAACCAAGAGAAUUGAUAUCAGAAUAUGAUCCAGAGAAGGAUGAUAUUUACGACAUUGAUCCAUAAUCAAUUACAAAUUACGAUACCUUGCUUACAGAUAUAAAUUCAUUCAAAAAUUAAUCAAUAAAUAGAGAUGAAAAUAUUAUCAAACAACGAGCCUAAUUACCAAUUUUAAUAUAAGAGAAUGACAUCAUUGAUGCCAUUAAAGGCAAUCUAAUUACAUUAAUAUCGGGAGAAACGGGGUGUGGUAAGAGUACUUAAAUUCCUUAAUUUCUAUAUGAGGCAGGAUUCACAGAAUUUGGUGCAAUUGCAAUCACACAACCAAGAAGAUUGGCAGCAAUUUCAUUGGCAUAAAGAGUGAGAGAUGAAACUGGAUUUACUAUGGGCAAAGAGAUAUCUUAUUAAGUUAAACAUGAAUCUAGUGGAAUUGAUGUUGAUCGAAUGAAAAUGAAAUUUAUGACUGAUGGUAUUUUAAUAAACGAAAUGCAAACAAGUGUGAUGGUACCAUAGUAUUCUGUAAUAAUUAUUGAUGAGGCUCAUGAAAGAAAGGUAAACAUAGAUUUGCUGAUCGGAGUGUUAUCAAGAGUAGUUAUUGCAAGGGCAAAGAUGAAUAAACCAUUAAGGUUAGUUAUCAUGAGUGCCACUUUAAGAUUGGAUGAUUUCUUAAAUAAUAAACUAGUAUUUCCAAGAGCUCUCAAUCUCAUCAAAAUUUAAACUCGUCAAUAUCCAGUACAAAUAUAUUUCAAUAAAGUGACCAAGGAUGAUUACGUUUCGGCAGCCAUUGAAAAGUGUGUUAAAAUUCAUUAGACACUGCCCCCAGGAGAUGUUCUAAUAUUUCUGACUGGACAGAAAGAAAUCCAUUAGUGUUGUAGCAUAUUAAAUGAUAAAUUACAAUAAGGAACGAGAAAAUAACAAAUAGAUGAAGAAUACUCCAAUAGUGAAGAAGAAAAUCAAUAAUAAUUAAAUUAAUAAGAUAAUGAAGAAGAAGUAUAAUAAUAAUAAGAAGUAUAAUAAUAAUAAUAAGAAAUAUAAUAAUAAUAAAUAGAUGAUAAGGCUGAUUAUUUAGAAUUAAAAAAUCUAGUUGGAACUGUUUAAAUGACAUAGAAUAAUGCGUUUAAAAUUGAUUCAGACUUAUCAGAUUUUAUUGUAGUUCCACUUUAUUCUAAAUUAGAUCUUAAAAAUUAAUAAAUCAUAUUCCAUAAUAAUCCAACUAAAAAAAGGAUGUUUGUUAUUGCCACUAAUGUUGCAGAAACUUCAAUCACAAUUCCAACUAUACGUUAUGUUGUUGAUGCUGGAAAACAAAAAAGGAAAAUCACAGACUCCAAAAUUGGAUUAGAAAAACAUGUUAUUGGAUGGAUAUCUUAGGCAGCUGCCGAUCAAAGAAGUGGAAGAGCAGGUAGAACAGGUCCUGGUUAUUGUUAUAGGCUAUAUUCAACUGCUGUUUACUCAAAUCAAUUCUAAAAAUUCGACAAUCCAGAAAUCACUUAAAUCAGUUUGGAUCAUGUCAUCCUACAAAUGAAAAGCAUUGGAAUCAAAGAUGUCUAUAAAUUUCCAUACUUGACAAAUCCAGAUAUAAAAGAAAUCAAAGAUAGUCUUGGUAAUUUGAUCAAAUUGGGAGCAAUGAAAGUCAAAUAAGAAACUAAUUCUGAUAAUUCAAACAUUACACAAUUAGGUAUCAUAUUGUCUUAAAUACCAUUAAGUCCAAAAUAUGGUAAAUUCCUCCUAUAAACAAGAAUAAGGAAUUUGCUUUAAUAUGGCAUUUUGUUGGUAUGCAUCUUAAGUGUUGAAGAAAUAAUCAAUAAAUCAGUGUUUCAAGUUCAUACUCAAAUUUAAGCAGAUGAUAACGAAUAAGAUGAAAUCAAGCAGUUGGAAUAAGAAUAAAAACAAUAAUAACAAUAAAUUAAAGAUCAAUUCUAAUCAUAUAAAAAUUUGAAAGCUUUUAUAGAAAAGCAUGGUGAAGGAUAUAAAAUAAGUGACUUAAUAUAUUUAAUGAAUAUUGUUGGAACAGCAAUAUCUUAGAUUAAAGAUGGUCAAGAUAUCUAAUAUUAAAUUAAUUAAUUGUCUUAGCAAUACCAUUUUAUUAGUAAGUCAUUCAAAGAAAUCUAUUAUAAUUUGUUACAGAUUCUUGAAAUUUUGAAUGUUAUAGUGGAAGACAAAACCAUAGUAACUCAAUGUGUUUCUGCAAUUAAAUAGUAUUAACGACCAUCAAGAGAAGCUCAACUCGUAUUGGCUGAGUUAAUAGUGUAAACAAAUGGGUUACAUAAAGUGGCAAAAUUAUAGUGUAAACUAGAUCCAGAAAGAAAUAUCAAUCGUUAUUAUUAUACUACUAGAGAAUAUGAAUAGGUACACAUACAUCCAACAAGUAUAUAUUAUGGAAAAUAGAACUGCGAAUAUAUAUCAUAUUGUCAACUGCUGACUUUCGGAGAACAACAUUCAUAAAUCACCACUCCUAAAGUUUAUAUGGUAAAUCUAACUGAAGUACCAAAUAAGUCUCUCCUAUAUGAUUUGGACACUCGAUCUAGUUAAUUAAAGAAGCUUACAAUCUAUGAAAAUAGUGAGUAUUACGAUUCAAAGAAUGAUAGAAUGAUGUGCAAAGGAAGUGCUGUAAUAGAAAAUUCUUGGGUUUUAGAGGAGAUAGAGAUACCAUUCCCUAAGGAUUAAUUGGGAUUUUAUUCAAAAUUUGCAAGAUUUCUGUAUUCUGGAGAAAUAUUGUAGUUCUAUUAGAUACUCUAAAAAUAUUACAAAUAUAAGGUAUCAGAAAUUAGAGAAUCAAAUAUGCAACCAUAUUCAUAAAAAAUAAUAAAGGCACUCAUGUUCAAUGAGAUAACAACCAAGAAUGAUCUCAUUAAGAAAUGGUCGAAAGAUAAACAAUUUCUACUUUAAGAAUGUCUUGACUUUGUAUAGGAAGCUUAUCACUAGCUCAUAAAGUCGAAAUGGCCACCAAUUGAAUGA